GGAAGUGUGCGGGAGGUUUAAAUCGUCCCGCUUGAGAGUCGAGAGUGUGAUACUGCUGCUGCUCUUGUGAAGUUGGGGGAUAUUCAUACGUUUAAAAAUGUCAAUGGAAAGGCCCCUUCAAGAGCUCCCUUGCUUGGACGAGAAGCUGGAGAGCUCCCUGCUAGCCUCACAGAAAAGUAAACGCCCGAAACGACCCCACGUUGCAUGCCUCGAUGCCGAAAACACUCCACAAGAACUCAUUCAGAACUGGUCGCCACCUCGUAAACACCAGCGGGUUACAGACAAGGGGAAGGAGAACGAAGAAAACGUGUUUAUUUUGGCAAGACGACCCAGGAGGCGGAGAGAUUCUCUAGGUGUAUGCUGGGACCAUUUACCUGAUGAGCUGCUUCUGAGGAUCCUGUCCUGCCUGUCGCUGCGGGAUCUGCUCCGGACCUCCAGGGUCUGCAAGCGCUGGCACCAGCUCUCGUUUGACGAGUCCCUCUGGCAGAGCGUGGAUCUGGAGGGAAAGGUGCGACUUGGCAACGCUCUCGGUCAGGUGCUGUCUGCUGGUGCCCUGAGACUACGAUGCCCACACACUUCUAUUGGAGAACCAUGCUUUACACAUAAAGAACCACUGCGGGUUCAGCACUUGGACCUGUCUGGCUGCACCGUCUCACCUGAAGUCGUUUAUGACGUUAUUUCCCGCUGCACACAGCUACAGAAUCUCAGUCUGGAGGGGCUUCUUCUCUCAGACGGCAUUCUACAAUUUCUGGCACAGAAUCCACAGCUGGUGCGCCUCAACCUGAGUGGAUGUUCAGGAUUCUCCUCUGAAACACUGGCCCAAAUGCUCCAGUCCUGCACACGGCUGACUGAGUUGAACGUGUCCUGGUGUGACUUCAGCAACGAGCAUGUGAAGGCCGUGGUGAGCAACGUCACUCCAUCUAUCUCACAGCUUAACAUCAGUGGCUACCGACAGAACCUCACCAUGGAGGACAUGAGGUGCCUGGUGGAGAGAUGUCCCAGUAUUGUCCAUCUGGAUCUCAGUGAUAGCGUCCUGGUGACGAUAGACAGUUUCCCCAUCCUGCAGCAGCUGUCGUCCCUCAGACAUCUUGGCCUGAGCCGCUGCUAUCAGAUCCACCCAGCUGCCCUACUGGAAUUUGAGCGGUUUCCAGAGCUGCAGACGCUGGAGGUGUUUGGCCUGGUGCAGGACACCCAUCUGACAGUGUUGAUGAAGGAGCUGCCCAAACUGCGCUUAAACUCCCAGCGCUUCACCAGCAUAGCCAGGCCGUCGCCCUCCGGCCGAGGCGGCAGUGUGUCCAUGUGGGGGCUUCCCUGCCAUCUGGUUUACAGGCUAUAGUACAUCCAGGUCAAAGGUGACAAGGGUGGGAGUUUGCCAAAUGGAUCAAAACCUUUGGCCAACUAGUUAAGGUUCCAGCAAGGACUGAAAAGGGAUUUUUAUCAAUGGUACAAAUGUUUCAUUUGGAUAGCAGUCAUUCAAGAUCAAUUUUAGAGUCGACAGGUAGAAUUUCUUUACGUUGACUUAACCAUGUCUAAUUUUUCCCGUAUGUAGAUUUGUUUCAAUGGAUAUGUUCAAAAUAUCCAAAACUUUUACCUUAUCGUUGUUACCAUGGAAAACGAUUAUAACAUUUUUGGUGGGCACAUCCUGACUACUGCCUUUUAACAUUUUUAUCUGCUCUGGGGCCCUGGUGUGUACGACAAUCUGAAGAAUCAGUGUGCUGGUGAACAUGCAGUCGUGUUUCAAAUGGCCUUUUCUAAUGUAGAACUCUGCUGCUGCUCACAUACUACUCAGGCAAGUAUUACGUGUAAAAACUGCCCAGGGAAGUAUUAUAAGAGCUUAAGCGUUCACAACUGCCCAGGGAAGUAUUAAGCGUCCAAAAAAAAAAAAAAUACUCCUGAAGCGAGGUACUGUUUGUUCAAAAGAUGGCAAAAUGAAAUGUCCUGUAUGCAGCUGGAUCGCACUCUAUACCUGGCUGAUAGGAUAUGUUCAUCUGAUGUGUGCAACAUGGUUCAUCUGAUAAAUUAACCUCUGAACAGUACGUUGUGCUCGAGUUACAUUGGAGGUGGUUGUUAGAAAUAAUUUUAUAAAAAUGGAUGUAUGUUGAAUUCAUGAAGUUGUUCAUGUCUUGAUGUAAAUAAAUGUUUUUCUACUUAGUGUA